AAUCCACAAACGGCAAACAUUAUACAAUCCUUCGGGACGAUGACUUCAAAGUUAAUACUUCUUCUUUCGGUAUUUGGUGUUAUUCCAAGCGCGUUGAUCCCGAAAAGCCCAGCGCAUAACGAUUUAUGUCCCCGAUCUUCCCGGAAAUCCCACAGAUAUGGAUUAAUCACCUUCAUAGAUGACCGCAACUGGAACGAGUUGCUUUCCGGCGAGUGGCUUUUGCUACUCUGCUCGACACGCCACGCGACGUGCGAGGAUUUGAAGGCGGACUUAUACCAGCUGGCAAACCCUUCAGUGGGUUGCCUCGAUGUGGGAUUGGCUUUUGGUGAUCUCUCCGAGUACUUCUGGCUAAGAGGACGAUUUUCCGCCUUCGGCAAGAUCACCGUAUAUCACGUGCUGGAUGGGGAAUUCCGAAGACUGAGCUCCACGCAGGAUGCCUACUCCCUUCGCAAUCUCGUGAUUCUGCGCGAAUGGUCGGAGUUGCCUCGACUGCCGUUUUGGCUACACCCGACCUCCACAUGGAGCAGUUUUGGUGAAUUUGUUUUGAAGACGAUGUUGAAAAUAAGAAAAUCUGAUAUUUUUGGAAGCACCUUUUGGAUAACCGCACCUCUCUUAAGCUUAUUCUUCAUCGUUGUUAUGCCGUGCAUGUUUUUGCGUAUUAUAAGGACAUUUAUGAAGGGGAAUGCAAACAAAAAGAAUGUUUUGCAGCUAGCAUCAACCAGAAGUAAUCUAUUUCCGAUGAAAUCGUUUUCCAAUGCGGUUGAAAUAACAUCACACAUAAAAAGUAUUUAAAAUUUUAAUGUUAUCUUUCUAUGGUCUUCUUUUAAAAGCACCGAAUUAAACCCGAAAGGAAACCGAA